AGCCCGCUGUCCCUCGAGCACACGACCUUUUCUCUUCCAUACCGGCGCGCGCGCUCCCCGCCGCGCCGCCGCGAUGCCGUCCCUGAGAGCCUCUGCACCCUCACCGUCGGCGGCCUCCUCCUACGAGCUGGCUGUGCACUUCUUCCGACCAGCGUGCAGCCAGAGGCCCUGGCCCUGCUGGCGGUCGCCCCCGCCGCAGCGGGCCUGCAGGUGAGCGACGGCGUUCACAACCUGACCAUCUGCAACGGGUACGCGGAGAGCAGGCCCCUCAGCGUCUACACCGUCAACAACAAGGCCAAGCUGACCGAAGAGCCGAUGCGGUACAAGCAGUGCAAGGCCAUCGCCAUGGAGCUGCAGGAGGGCGAGCGCAUCGAUUUCAGGAUGGGGGGCCUCAGCGUCGGCGUCUUCCACGCGACGCACUUGCCGUUCGUCGCCUCCACGCUGGUGCUCGUUCCGUUCAAGAAGGGUAACCAGUCCAUGGCCGCCACCUUCGCCUCCCACACGUUCGGGCCGGCCAGCGGUGACAAGGCACAGGUCGCGGUCAUCGACGCCUACGCCGGAGACCAGCAGGGCGCCAUCAGUAUCAAGGUCGCCGGCAGGCAGAACCAGCGGCUGGGGUCGGCGGAGCUCAGGCCUGGUUCCGCGGUGACCUUGGAGCAGAACACCUACGAGGUGAGCCUGAAAAACGCGGCCGAGCAGAGCACCAAGGCGGUGCCGCUGCACGCCGCCGGCGGCACGAGCCACGUCGUGCUGCGCGUCGGCUCCGAGGAGUUCUCCCAGGAGCUCCUCGUCAAGCCGGUGGGCUGGGUCGGGUCCGACGAGAUGGACGACCCGGAGUGGGUGAAGCAGCACUGCAAGAACGGCGCCUGCCAGACGCUGCCGUUCCACGACAGCGGCGCGCCGCAGUCGGGGCUCGGCCUGGUCUUCGCGGCGGCGGCGGCGUGGCUCUCCGCGUGAGCCGCGCCCCGCGCGGCAGGCGCCGCGCUGCGCGGACAUGCCCAGACGUCCGGCGCCUCGGAAACAUCAGGGCGCGCCUCCUCUUCCUUCUCCUCUUCCUUCUCCUCCUCCUCCUCCUCCUC